AUGCGGAACAAGCCUCAGCUGGCGCCACCCAUCCGAGUUUUUCGCAGUCGGUAUUUGCACUCAUUUGUGAUCAGCGUUCGUCUGACCUCGGAGUCCUGCUCGGAAGGAGGAGCCUCCCUUUCCCCACGUUGGCGCCACCUUUCCCCCACGGUUCGAGCUCCGCGGCGCCGCCCUUUCCUAUCAUUUUCUCGAAAGUUUUCGCCUCUCUGACGUCUCUUCACUUCAAAUCAACGUUUAAUUUGCAUUCUGAUCAUUCGCCUCUCUUUAUUAAUAUUCUAGCAGCUUCAAGUGUUUAAAAAGGUCCCGGACGCACUUUUCUUUAUUCAAACUUCAUUUGAAACUGUUACUUACUGAUUUCGAACAUUUUCGGGGAUCCUUGCCAUUUAGUCAGCUUCGAACCUUUUUUUUGGUUUUUAAGUCUUUCGAGACUUGUAGCUUUAAAAACGACUUAUUCGCAUUGAGUUCUUCAUAAAACUGUCCGAGCUUCUUCAUCAAAAACCUAGCCCUAGGAAGGUAUUUUGAGAGACGAUGGGUUUUUCAGUCAAAAUUUUUUUUGAGUUUUUUUUUCUUCUUAUUUAAAAAUUUCUUUUUAAUUGCCAGAGAAUCGAUUCGGAACAAGACGAGAAAAAAAUCUUGAAACUUUUUUUCGAAAUUCAAAAGUUGCAGCAGAUGGCGAAUGAAAACCAAAGGUCAAAAAGAAGUUUUACUUUUCGAAAAGAUGUUUUCCGAGAUGUUGAGGUCACUUUACGAUGUCUACGAAUUCAAAAGAAUUUUCGAAUCUUAUCAAACCCAAAAAAAUCAGUUCAAAGGCUUGACAUAGCAGAAUAGUGAUUCACGAACUGGUUUUUUCGCAAGUGACCGCCUUUCUUAAAAAGUAAUGUUCGAGGAAAAAGCCAAGAGUUAUAAAUUUUCAUUCCAUUACUUUCUUUUUCAAUUUCUUGAUUUCGAUUGUCACGUGAAAUAUUUAACUUUUGCCCGCUUUUUAUUUCUAAGGUUUCUGCUUUCACCGACUCAUUCCAAUUCUAAAACGGUGUAAAUCUCCGAAUAGAAAAAUCGAAGCAAAGCUUUUCGCAACGCGCGGGAUUCAAACUGACCAGUCGCCGUAGAGCGAACUUUCCAAGGAGGUUUAUUCAAUUUUUUGAAAUUUAUUUUAUUUUCCAUUUCGUUUCUUUAAGAUUUUUAAUUUUUAAUCUAUGUUUUUCAAGUGUGAGAACGUUAAGAUAUCUUUCAAGUACAAAACCAGCAAAGAAUAUUUAAUCUAAUUUUUCGGUAUAAAUUCUAACCUCUAGACUUAAUUUUUAGCUUCUGAAUGGUUGAAACUGUCUUUUUGUAGACCUAAUAGACCUCAACGAAACGAAAGAGAUCGUAUUUCUGAAGUGUCUCGUCAAACCUUUUUUCCAUUUCCCUCAGCCAAAGAGUUGAAUUUUACCAUUGCCGUGUUUGCCCUCUUGUUCCCUUUCGACCAACUUUUCCUCCCCGUGGAUUAAGUUUCAUUUGUCGCGUUUAACGGUUUCCCUUAAACUUUUGUCUUGAAAAAGUUUGUAAGGGACUGUAACUCCAGUCUAUUCACCUGUUAACUAGGCCAAACAGUUCUUUGCGAGAUUUUUUUCGGCCCAAACCGCGUAAUUAAAGGUUUAAAAUUCAACAGAAGGCCAUAAAAUUGCGCAUCGUUUCGGAUUUUGUUGCGACGACCACGAAUUUUCCACUAGUUCCCAUAUGUUUUUUUUAUAAUUCUCAUAUAUUUUUUCCACAGUUCAUCUAUGAAUUUUGCAUAAAUUGGAAUCGAUUUUCUGUGCCAAACACCUGUUCUUUUGAUGGCUCAUGUUUGUUUUUUUACAGAUUUUCGAUUUAUUUAUUUAAGGGAAGAGAUAUUUUUUUGGUAAUUUUUAGUGGAUCAUGCUUGAAUUUUUGCAGAAUCAGUAUUUUUGCUUCAUAUACUUUAUUAAAAUAUUUUUCAAAAAUCUUUCUACUUUGAAGAAGAAUUCGUUUUAUGGGGGAUUUUUUUCUCCACCCAAAAAGUUUUAAUCUUUUUUCAAACUAUUUUUUUAAUUUUUAGAUUUGCCUAUGACAAAGAUAAAAAUCCAUCAUCCCGAAUGCGACCUCCAUUUCAAUUUUCACUGAACUUUUGCUAUUUUUUAUUCAUUUUUGUGUCUUUGGAUCUUUUUUUUUGCUCCGGAAAACAUCUCAAAGUUGAAGAAUUUCGUAAAUUUACUACGAUUUAUAGCGACUUCAGAGAGUUCUUUUGCGUUAUAAUCGUUUCCUACUUGUUUUAACCUCACUUUUCAUCAAUUAUUAAAGGAUGCACGCGGCGGAGACGUGCAGGACCGCUCUGGCGGCGCUGCUGGUGCUGAUCUCCGGGGCGAACGCCCUCGUCUCGACGUUCAACUACGUGCCGCUGGGCAGCAAUCCGACCCUCUACACGCCCGGCUUCGAGCCAAUCAUGCACCUUGACCAGGUUUUAUUUGGAAAUUGGUUUAUUUUAUUUUGAUUUUUGUAUGGUUUUUGAUUUUAGUCUGAAACAACUUAGAAAUUUUUUUUUUGGAGGAUUAAUUUUGAGGAAAAAUGAACGCGGAGAAAGCUGUGAUUGAAUCGAUAAACGUUGAAAAAAGUAGAGAAUUUAGAAGAAAUAACAGGAAAAAUGGAAAAAUAACAAUUUGCUCUGAUUUUUUUUUUCUGUUCCGAGGUUUUUCUAUUUUCCAUAUGCAAAGCUGUUGUGAGAAAGUUUGCAACAAAUAGUUCAAAUUUUUCGUUUUAUCGGCUUAUUUUUUUCCAGAUGACAUUCAACGAUACCGUCUUUGGUGACCACGCCUAUCUUGUCGAAUUUUAUGCUGAUUGGUAGGUUUAGAAUUAAUUUUGAAGGAUAAUUAACCAUUUCUUGUACUUUCUAGUUUCUUCCACUGUAUAUUUUUCCAAAUUCUAAUUUUUUCAGGUGCGGACAUUGCCGAGCCUUCGCCCCGUACUUCCGGCAAUUCGCAGGCCUUGUCCGCGAAUGGAAUCCCGUGGUUACGGUAGCCGUAAUCAACUGCGCCGAUUCGUUCAACGCCGCCGUCUGCCGCGACAACGGCAUCACAUACUUCCCCAUGAUGAAGGUGACCUUUCCUGCAUUUUACACAGCGUGUUGUGGAAAAUCGAUAGAACUUCAUGAACAGAAGGAUUUUCUAAAAGGCUCAUCCAGAACUUUUCAAAAUAAUUUUACCGCUGUCAAGUUAAGUUAUAAAACCUAAAAGUUCAAAUUGAGUCGAGAAAAAGUAUUUUUGGCGUUUUCGAGGCUUCCUAACUCUAGAAGAAAAAAGUCGAUUUUUUGAUGAUUUUUAUAGAAAUUUUUGUACACAAGUACUUUCAGGUAGACUGGAAUUCUUCAGAAAUUAGCGCUUUUUUCGAGUUUUAGCCAAGUUGUAGCACAUGAAAAGCUCAGAAUUAGUUUAUAAUAAGCGGAUUUUUAGCGUUUUUCGAUGCUUUACAGCUCUUCUGAAAAGGAUAAAGUCGUCUUUUUUAUACUUCUAUUUCAAAGUACUUCUGUACAAAGUUCCAUCAGAAUCUGAUGACAUCACCAAAAAGGAUUAGGUGAUGAAAAAUCAAUAUCCAAAGCCAAUAAGUCACAGUGAAACUUCUCAAUGAGGCUAGGUUCAUUUUUUUAAAUUUUGAUCCUGGUUCUAGUCUAAAAAGUCGCCUAAUAAAUUUUCAAAAAAUCACAGACCUGAAACCUUUAGAAUUUCCCAUCCCUCUGGUUAGAAAGUAUAUUUUCUUUUUUUGUUCUGAAAACUUUUUUUGAUUCUAAUUUUUCUCUGCUACUUGUGGAGCUUAUAGUCAGAAAAAAAAAUGCGUAAUUUCCUUUCACAAAAAAGAAAAGAACUUGAAGUUUGAAAGAAGCACAAUUCAACACCUUUUUUUGGUUUUUUUUUUCAAAUUUCAGACGUCGCUCCUCAAAAAAAUAGGAAUUUAUAUUAAUUUAAAGUUUGGUAACUUUCAUUUGAUACAUCGUGAAGUGCUGUGGCCAGUUUUUAAGAUUCCGCACUUUUUUCUUUAAAAUAAAAACUCCAUCUUUUUUUCCUAUUUGAAUUUUCGAUUACGCUGUCAGAAUCAACAGUUUUUUGACAAUAUUUUCAAAAAAUAAACAAAAAGGUACUGUAUUUUAACCUUUCCCCAGACGUUUACUCACAAAGCUAUUAUUGUCUUUUUUAACUCCAAUUUCCAGUUUUUUCAACUUUUCAAGCGACUUUUUGUUUUGUUUUCUUUCACUCCAAUAUUGACUCAGUUGAUGAUGACUGGUUAUCCUGAGAAAGUGGGAAAGUUCUAAAAUCUGUUGAUUCAUAUUUUCGGAAAGGGAUUUUCUUCGAAUCGGUCUCCGUUUGAGUCAAUAUAAAACCUCUCGUGUCUUUCGUUCUUGGAAAGAUAUCUCGAUAGAGUUUAUCUUGUGAGAGAUACGUUUCUUCCGUUCUGUUUAUUGAAAGAAGUUUUGGUUUUAGGACUUGAUAGACAUUUCUGAAACUUGAUCAGCCUUUUCUUUCUUUGAAAACAUUUUACACGAUAAAAAAGGUUCAUAAAAAAGUGGGACAAUGAAAAUGACUAAUUUAGGGAGAAGUUCAUUUUUUUUAACUUGUAGUUUUUUUGAAGUUUUUUUGAGUUUAGAAAAAUUUUAUUCAUAUAUAGAUCGGAAGAACUUAAACAGAGAAAUAAAAAUGCCUUUAAAUUUUGAGUUUUUACUACGCGAUUUCUAUUUCUUUUUCCCCUUUUUCCCCUUUUUCAUAAUUUUCUUUUCUGAGAGCCUCCGAAGGAUCUUACACAGAACACACUAUAGUAUGUGACCUCAAACCUUGUCUUUACUUUCAAAAAAAAAAACCUGCAACUCGGAACUCAAAAAUGAAAAAAAAGGAAAGAAAAGAAAGUUCAAAAGUCGAUUGGAAAUGAGCAAACAGAGCCAGUAACUGUUUGGACAGGCGCUGGUCUCAUGUUUCCAAGGAGUUGGAUUCGAGGGUCCAAGGAAACGAGGCUGUAGAAGAACGGCCAUCGCCGGCGUCAUCGCCAAAACCAACAGCCUCCAUUUGUUGGGAUUGGCUCGAGUUUCGGCAUGGCGAAUUAGAACAGAAAAAACGUGUUUUUGCGAAGAUUUCCUUUUGUUUCUAAGAAAUGGAAAAGAGGGUUUGGAAGUCAAAAAGGGACAGAAAUUGGGGUUCGUAUGCUGGUCUCAAAGCUUGGAUUGGAAAGGGGUUUAUUUCAUUAGGUUUUUCGGGUCAUCCGGGGUUUUGAAGAGUAAUAAAAUGAUAAUGAAUCAAUUCUGAGAAAUUAAAUAAGAAUUUUUUUGAAGUUCAAAAUAGAAGCUUAUAAAUUAGCUGAAAUCAGGAAUUUUAUUUAUCAAUUCGAAGGUGAUCUUCUUAACACAUGAAAAUUGAAAUAAGUUUAUUUCAACUGCUUUAUUUUCCAAAGAAGUGCUAUCUAUCUAAAAAAAAAACCUGUUUUUUUAUUAAAUGAUUUAUAAACCAGAGCAUUUUUUUCAGUACUUUGCUCGAACGGCGCGGAACCCAUCGCAAGGCAAAAUGUUCGAGACGCCUCAUUCGGCCGAACUGAUUCGCGACACGUUGCAGCGCACCAUCACCAACGAGUACACCUUCAAUCGGUAGGGUCCUUUCAGAAUAAAUCAGAUCAGAUCAAAUAGUUUGAUUUCUCACCCACACGAACUAAAAAAAUCAAAUUUACAGAGUAAUAAUGGGAAACCUAGAAAAUAUUUUUUUCGCGAUUUUGUGGUCAUUAAAGAGAACAAGACGUUUGAUUUUUAACUCACUUUUCGAGUGUUAAAUUGAAAAUGAACGUGAAGUUAUUUUAAUGUUCUAAUAAUUCGAAGGCAAAUUCACAAAAAAAUAUGAAUUUUUUUGCCUAUAAAUUUUUUUCUGAUUUUUAAAAAAAUUCUUUCUACUUUCUCUUCAAAACUGAGCUUCCUGUGAAAAUCUGCUUUAUUUCUUAUCCAAAAUAUGAAUUUUUUUAUUCUCCAGGUAUCCCGAUUGGCCGAGCUUCACGCACAUCAACGUGGAUAGGUGAUCAUUUUUUUAUUUUUUUAUUUUUUUGAAAGUUUUUCCAGUUUUAGGUUUUUUUGACAAAUAAUUGAAAGUUGAACUUGACAAUUUUUUUCACAUCGAAACUGAACCGAAAAUGUCUUCAACAAAAAGUUUUUUUCCAGCCAAACGACUUAUGGACAACUCUGGGAAGGCGUUCCGGAAUCGGCCGAUUACCUGGCGAUUCUCUUCGAGGAAUACGAUGGAAUCGGAGCCCAGGUACGACAGAAAUUGCUUCGAUUAUUUUAGUUUCGUGUUUCGAAGCAGUUUUAAAUAUGUAGAAGGCUUGAUUCUCUGCUUAAAGGGAAGUCGCGCAAGUUAAUUAAUUUUAUAUUCAUUUCAUUCAAACAGGGAUUUUUUCCAACUUUCUUAAGUUUUUAUUUGAAACUACAAUGUUUAGCUUUUUUUUUUACUUUUUUGUUAGUCAUUAGGUUUGUAGAAUAGAAAUAGAGGACAUUUGAGAUUGGUUUUAGAGCAAAGGUUAAAAUUCAUGUGCGUUUUUAUGGAACUGUUUUUUUAGAGGGAGUUGUUCAUAAAAAAAUUUUUCGAAAAAAACUUUUUCGAAAGAAAAGUAGAAUUCCCGGAAUUUCUAGAAAUUUUUCGAAAAUUGUUCGCCUCAAAUGGAAACUUUCUCAAAAAAAGGAAAAAUUAAGAAACUGUUUUUCAAAUUUUUUUCCUAAAAAGUUUCACAGAAAAAGUGAAUUUUUUUACUGUUAUAUCUGUUCAUGAUGUAUCUGUCGAUGCUUCUUCUUUUGUAUAAUGCCAGAAAGUUUCAAAAAAUGCGUUUUCUAUUUCCAACUGUAGCAAAAAAAAAAAAUUGAAAGACUUCACAAAUUUAUUUUUUUUUCAAUGAUUCGCAUAAACAAGUUAAUUUUGUACCUUUUUGCAGUUCAUGCUUGAUCUGUCGACGCGUCGCCACGCGAUGGGAGCCCGCCGAGCCCUCUCCAACUCGCCGCUCGUCCAGAUGCUCAACGUCCGCAGCUUCCCGACCGUCGCCUUGUUCCGGCGAGAUCAUCAACAGGCCCUCUACAUGCAGCCGUAGGCGGAUCCGUCUCAUUCCCGACCGAAAUCCUCUUCUGCAGGUUCACCAACUCGACCUACACGGAUCUGGACAACGCGGUGAUCGCGGAUUCGCGAGCCGGAGGCCACGUCGCGCCGAUUCUCACCACCACCAUGGCCCCGAUCACGACGACCACGGCGACGCCUCUCGUCGACUGCGACCGAUAUCCCGACAGGUUCGCCCUUUUUUUGAGGGCCAGAAUAAGUUUGAAAGGAGGGGCUCGUUUAUCAUAUUCUUGGCAGGUUGGCGAUUUUUAAGUCUCAUGAGAUACGGGAAAGUCGGGGAAUGGGAAGGUCCAUCACAGUGUCAUUCUUUUGAAAAAAAACUUUGGGAUAAUGAUAGAGUUACCGAAAAUGUUUGAGGGCUAUAAAAAUGAAAUUAACAUGUCUUAUGAAGCCCUGAUCAGCUCCAAGACGAGUCAGACUCCUAAAUAGAAAAAAAAAAUGAAAGAUCGAGUGAAAAUGUAGCAAUAUGGGCCAUUCGAAUUAGAAUAGAAGUAUUUUUCUUAUAUUAAAUUCACAAUUCUUAACUUCUUUAAAAGGGCUAAAUAAUAACAAAAAAAACUAAUCGUCUUAGGAUUUUCAUGACCUCAUGCUCCUUAAUAGUUUCGAAAAAAAAAACGGUUUAGAACCAAUUUUAUGAUUUUUGGCUGCGUUCAAAAGAAAAUCCGUAAAAUUGCGAUAUAUAAUCUCUUUCCAAAUAGGAAAAUUUUCGUUUAACUGUCUUCUUGAAGUUGAUAUUUCGGACUUUUCGGAGCUCUAGAUGUUUUUUGAACAUACUUGUCUUACACAUCGAAAAUUCGAAUUUAUUUGGAUUUUAAUUUUCAUUAAAAAUUUUUUUUGAAAUCUUGUUAGUCUGAAACUGUAGGACCCUGAAGAGAAUGAAAAUUAAAAAACAGUAUUUUGACGAGAAAAGCUUAUUUUACAGUUUUUCACAUCUGAUCUUUUUUCAAGGAGUAGUUCUGUUUUUUUGAUUAUCCUGAUAAGAAAGACUGACAGUUACGCGAAAAGAACUCAUUUUUUUUUUCCGCAAACAAAAGCUGAUUAGGUGUUCACGCCUGAUCCUUGCCCCUCGGCCCACGCACUUCUUUCUCCCGUGUUGUUUUCACCCGAUGAACUGUUUCCGUUCUUUUUCUGGCCGCCGUCGAAAGGCCGCCGCCCCAACCGCAAACAAUCGAAGCGAAAAACUGAGAAGAAGAACAGUUUUGACGGUGUUUUACGGAGAAGUCUGUUUGGAUAUUCACGUGAGAUUUGUGUGCGUCUGGGAUCAUCGAAGAGAGGAAAAGCCGUUUGGCGCCAAUCAGUCGCCGCCCGCCGGAAUCCGUGGGGCGACUCUCGCCCGGCGCCGGACAGUCGCCCUCUCGAAAGCUUCUUUGUUUUUCUCGGCAAUCAUCAACAAAAGCUGUUACUACACUCUGGCUCUCCUCUGCAAACAGUUUCGAAUUGUGUGGGAAACGAGUUUUUUGGGAUCACUUGGCUCUAUUUUCUCUCCGGAUCAGCUUAUUUUUUGAAGUUUUUUGAAUAGAUUGAGGUCUUCCUGUAAUGUUAGCUUACACUUUUUAUAAUUAGUCAUGGAAUAAGGAAAAGAUAAAGUCAACGUUGAGGGCGGGAUCUUUCAACUUUAAAUGUCGACCUUUGAAGGCACAUAGCAAGCCAAAAACCAUAGGUUUUUGAAACGAUUUAUUUUAACAAAAGUUGUUGCUAUUAAAGGAGCAUAGACAACUUUGUGGGAGGUUUUGAAGAGGUACUGUUCACCCCAGAGAUUUUCAACUCUGCAUCGGUGCGAAUCCAAAAGUUUGCGAUGGAAAGAAAAGUAUAAAAAAUAUUGAGAAGCUAAUGAUUUCAAGCUUGCGAAGAAACCUAAAAAUAAAAGAUAGAUGAAAAAUGUUCUCGUUUUCAGAUGCCGAGAGAUGUACUACGUAUCGGAGACGGACAUGCUCAAGGCGAUGAGAAUGGCGUUGGUCGACGAAGUCGUCAGAAUGCCCGGCUACGUCCGCGGAGACAACUUCACUGCCCUCGCCGACUUUGUCACUCUGCUCUCCAACGUUGGUUUUAUCUUUUCAAAUUAAUAAUUCACUCAUUCAAAACUGAUUUAUAACUAUAUAGAAUUGUUUCUGCAAAUCUUUUUAUUUUUAGGCUUUAUAACUUUUUUAGAAAGUUCCUCAGAAUUUUCUUUGGUGAGACCACUUUUCCAAUCAAAUAUUUCAAUGAAAGUUUUUGAAAAAUAAUCGGGACAUUUUUAUUCUUUUUUUAUGAAAAAUUCAUCAUCAGAAGGCUUUUUUUCAGCAUUUCCCGGUGCUUUCCUUCCAAAAUGACGUCAAGCGGGCUCGAUCCAAGAGAACAACUUCUGUGGUUUGUUUUUUCAUGAUUUAUUGUACCGGUUUCAAACUUUAGAGAAACAUCAUACUAUUACUGCAACAGUUUGAAUAUAUUAUGAAAAAAAGGCAGAGAAGAUUUGAUGCCAAAGCUUAAAAAAUUUUUUUUUUACCAUUUUACUAGAAUUUUUUUCCUUUUCUUGCCUUCAUUCUUGAGAGAAAACAUUUUUUGGAGCUUUCAAGCCAAAGGGACACUUGAGUGAUCACUUUUUCGUUUAAACCAAGAACUUUCAAAUUUUCCCGAAAUAUUGGAAUUUUCCAGAUUCUUCGAAACAGCGAACGUGCCAGACUGGUCUUCACUCACAUGCGCGAAUAUUUGGAAGGACGUCGAUCAGUUGGCGCCGUCUCGACUGAUGAGUACCGUCGACAGUUCGAGAACGUCGAAGUUUGUCUCUUUAGGAUUUGCACUUGAUCAGAAUUUGAUUAUAUUGGCUUUAGUUCUCAUUUUACAGUGAUUUAUUGUUUAUAUUGAAUCAUUUUUCUGGCUAUCCACUGAAAAAUCCUGGCAAAAUACAAUUAAUUUUCCAUUUAUUGAUUUUCUUCCAAUUUUCAGCGCGUCUACGCAAAUCCCUUCCCGGUCAACUCCUCCUGGCAACAUUGCAAAGGAAGCAAACCAACUUUCAGGUAUUUUUUUACUUUUAAAAUGUCAGUAGCUGAUUUAUUGUUGACUUGAGACGCGUAUAAUGCUAUGAGGGCUUAGAACGAAUGUAAUUUGACUUGAUACUUUAGAAUAUUCUGAGAAUUGGCUAAAUAACUCUUUGGCCAAACAAAAAAAAAAGUUCUGAUAGUAUACCAUUCUCUAUAAAAUCUGCGUUUAUGAGAAAAAAAAACAGUUUAAAAUCGAAUAAAAUCGUCGAAAUUUGUCGAAUUGGUCCGUUCUUCAGCGUGGAGCUUCUUUUUUUUAAGAAAUAAGAAAUCAUGCAGGUUAAAAUUUGUUGACUGUAUCUCUGGUUUAACGAAAAGUAUUAUGGUCGAUUUUAAGAAAGUCCAGGAAAAAUCUUGUUCGUUGUUAAAAUUCCCAUUCUUUUUGAUAACUUUCCACGGAUUUUCAGAGGUUACACGUGCGGCCUCUGGACGACGUUCCACGCUCUCACAGUCCACACCUACAUCGACACGAUCCGAGACGACUUUGUCGACCCCCUGAAGCCCCUCACCAGCAUUCAAGUUUGUCCGAAUGAGUCUGACCGAUCCACGAAAUGUCCUGCAGGGCUGGGUGAGAAGCUUUUUCGGCUGCGAACACUGCCGAAAUCACUUUAUGCACAUGACCACCACGCAGUUCCCGCUCAACGAACGACGGGUCGGUCUUUUUUUUUCUUGUUGUACUUUUUUUUUGUCAAAAAUUACUUCUCUUGUAAGAACUCCUUGUCAAUUUCAGAAAGCUUAACCUCCAAAUGACUGGACCAUUCUCUCGCUUCCCUUAUUACCUAAAUGAUGGUUUGAAGGUGCGACACCCGCACGACAUGAUGACGUACUUGUGGAGGGCGCACAACAUCGUCAACAACCGGCUGCACGGCGACGACACCGAGGAUCCGCAGUUCCUCAAGGUCCAAUUCCCGCAGCCGUUCCUCUGUCCGACCUGCCAUGCCGGCGGUCAGUUCAGUCGACGACAGGUUCGUUUAACUUUUUUUUUCUUUUUGAGGAAGCCAAUCAGACUUCAAAAGAGGAAAAACUUUUUUGCUUUUUUCUAUUUUUCAAAUUGAGACGUUCUUGCUUUUCUUAUCUGCAUAGAGUUUCUGGAAAAGUCGGAUUUUAGAAUGUUUCUCGAAAACUCAGCUUUUUCUUUUUGCAAAAAUACCUUAGCCGAGCCGAGUUUAGUUUUUCAACUUUUUCGAUAAGAAAUGUUUUUCUCAGCUUCUUUGGAAAAAAAAAGUGCAGGUUACUGUUAAAAAAUUAAUUUUUGACAACCGAAAUAAAACGUGAAGAUAGAAUAGUUUUUUUCAAGCCGAAAUGAUACUUUAUUUCGCGAUAAUCGUCACGUUUUUAUAUUAUUUGUCGAAAUUCAGAUCCGCAACUUCAUGCUGCGUUACUACGGCAGCAUCAAGCCGCACAAUCGACUCGCCAAUCGACGCCUCAGCUUCAAAUAA